AUGGUGCAGGCUGGAGGCAACUGGUCCACUGGCUUAUUUGAUGUCUGCAGUGACAAGAGAGUUUGUGCGUGUGGUUCGGUGUGCAGCCUGUGCCUGGAAUGUAGCAUUGCAAGUCGCUACGGGGAGUGCUUUUGCUUUCCACUCCUGUUGGGAUCCACCUUAGCACUGAGAGUUGGGACCAGAGAAAGAUACAAGAUACAUGGAACCCUAUGUGAAGACUGGAUGGCAGUUCAUUGCUGCUGGCCUUUUGCAGUCUGUCAAGUGGCCCGAGAAAUGAAGAGGAGACCGGUAUUCCAGGUCUGUGAAAUAAACCCAUCAUCUUCUCCUCCUUUGGUCAAAGAUGCUCUAGCUUGA